CUGAAUAAUAAUGUUAAAUUGACAUUGAAAGGUAUUUUCAAGGUUCAACUAACUAACGGAACUAUUGAGUAACCUCCCCACUUUCUGUAAAUCCGUGAAGGUCGAUCUCUGUGUCUAUUUUCUAUUGUCAUGACGUAACGAUUUCAGAGGUGGUCCCAGAAGUAGAAUGAAAGUGAUAUAGUUUACUUUUAUCAAUUUGACGAUCCAGAAACCACAACAAAUCGCGUCACUAUUUCUCUAUCUACCUUAUACAACACAUUGAGUAGGAAUGAGUCCGCGUUGUCAUAAUUUUUGACAAUAGAUUGUGUUACUCUACAAUCUAGAGCAUUGUCUAGGUAGAGCAUUAUUUUUGUAAGUAAUAUAGGUACCUACUUACGUAAUUGAAUUAAAUAGAUUCAGAAUUUUAGAUUUUACAUUCAGAUUGAGAAAUUCAUAUAUAAGUACCUAACCAAAAGGUAAAAGCUAUGGCACUAAACAAUAAUCACAUCUUAAAAAUUACCCAUCACGCCACUCCACAUUGUUUCCAGACCAUGACCAUCCUGGCUUUAGCCGCCUCAGCAGUCAGCGCGCCGCCCGGGGGCUACUCCUACAACAAGUUCAGCGGCCCAGUCAGCGGGCAGAUCCACGAGGUUCAGGUGGCAGCUGCUGAGGGUCUACCGGCGCAGCAGCAUGCCGACUACGGGUACGACCACCACACGGGGAAAAUACACCCGGACACGGCCAAAUACGCGCACUUGAAGACUGUGGAUUAUGUGGCGAAGCCCGACUACCACUACGCGUACGGAGUAGAGGACCCGCACACGGGCAACCUGCAGAGCCACAAGGAGAGCCGUGACGGCGACGUGGUGCACGGAGAAUACUCGCUGGUGGAGCCCGACGGCUCCAUCCGGCUCGUGCGGUAUACUGCUGACCCGAAGAACGGCUUCCAGGCUACCGUCCACAAGAAAGCAGGUGGUCAGGCUCUGAAACCAGUGCACUACGGACACGCCAAGGACAAUGGAAACGACGACGACGAACACAGAGAUUACUAGUCCUAUUUAUUGUUAAAAACUUGUUAUCUUGUUCACUAUUAAUUUAUUAGCACUGUUUUUAUAAAAUUUAUUUACAAAAUGUUA